GUUUCCCAUUUUAAUUAAAAACUGUUUAACUCCCCUGAGUUGAAAGAGCAAUCCCACGUUGUCUCACGCGUAGUUAUUCUCCACGCACAGCAUGAAGUUGCCCAUUGACCUGUCACCCCCCUGCGAUAAUUCAUUUUUGUGCAGCGUUGCUAAACGGAGCAGCUCCGUAAAAAAACGCUGACCAGCAAGUAGCAUACCUGUGCCGGCCUUUGUCCUUUUUUGCCCCCACAACUGUCUACACCGCUUCGUUUCUCCACACCGCCUCGAUUCUUACACAUCCACACCGCGAACCAUGGCCAGGCGCAACGUCUCGGAGAACGAAAUUAUGAGCAAAAUCGACGCGCUAACGCUGAAGGAAGCGAAGGGCGCGCCCUCCGUCAGCGUGAGGAACUACACAAAAUUUAUCGCGCACAAGCUGCGAAAAAACAGGGAGGGAAUAAUCUCCUGCAAGGAGCAAAUCCGAAACCUGGAGUCCCUAACCAGGCGGAUGCACAGCGAACUUUCUGAUGGCAACAAGGAAUUAAAAAAAUUAAAAAAAAAUAUAGUCCAGUCUGACGUGCUGAACGCUCAACUAGAGCUCAACAUCAUCAGUCAAAUGAAGAGGAACAAUGCUCACAAGAGUAGGAUCUCCCUCUUAAAAAAAAAAAAAAAAGAUAUUAACAAAGCGAAGGGCAUUAUUAACAGUGACAUUGACUACAUGCAAACGAGAGUCCCCAUGAUAAGGCACAACGUCCAGGAGAGCGAAGAGAAGUACUAUAAGUUGAUUGGCGCUAAGGACAAGCUGCACAGCGAAAUGCUCAAGUUUAAAAGGGACCGGCGGGAUUUGGAGCACCACUUGACGCACACCAAGCGGAGCCAUGACCUUUUGAAAAGCCAGAUGCAGAAUUUCGUCGUAGGCCUGGGUCCAUAG